AUGGCGACGCACAUAAUACAAACAUGCCAUGUCGCCUGUUCUGCCAACAGGACCCCCAAUGUUGUUUCCUGGAGCCGCGGAGGGACCAUCGCUUUCGGGACGUGCAACUCGGUGGCUUUGUACGAUCCCCAGGAAAGAAGGGUUGUUUGUAUGCUGAAUGGACACACACAUCGAGUAAAUGCAGUCAAGUGGGUCCAUACAGAAGAUUGCGCUCCUGAGCGUCACCUGGUCUCAGGAAGCUCAGACGGCCGUCUCCUUGUCUGGGCAUCUCAAAAUGGGAAGUUUGUGCAGUCGGUGGAAUGUAAAGGCCACACGGGUCCAGUUUGUGCAGUGGAUGCACUCUACACGCACGCAGACGCGCACAUCCUGGUGGUGUCAGCGGCGUCAGACUCCACUGUCAGACUGUGGCUCUGCAGUGACGCCAAGCAGGCUGAGUGCCUCCACACGCUGUCAUUUGGCAGCGGCUUCAUGAUGGAUGUCUCCCUGGCCCUGCUGCCAGGCACCAAAGUUCCCGUGCUGGCCUGCGGGGGCGACGACUCCCGGGUACACCUAUACGUGCAGUCCCGUGAGCAGAAGCUGAGGAGAGUCAUGACCCUGCAGGGACACGAGGACUGGGUUCGAGGUGUCGUGUGGACAUCCGUAGGUGGCGCGCUGCUGUUGGCCAGCUGCUCGCAGGACUGUCUCAUCCGAGUGUGGAGGCUGUCCGCCAAGUCCGGGAAGGAUGCCCGAACCUCCACCGAGGAGGAGGAGGACGCCGACGCCGUCAUCAAAAUGAAAGAGGACGUUUUCCAAGUGGAGGACGAGGAGGAGGAGGAGAGAGAUGUGUCCUCCGUCUUUGCCGUGUCUCUGGAGACGGUCUUGGCAGGCCACGAGAACCGGGUGUACGGAGUCCACUGGCAGCCUCCAUCUUACACGGGCGGCGAGUUGCAACAGCCACUGCGGCUUCUCUCUGCCUCCAUGGACAAAACCAUGAUCGUCUGGGCUCCUGAGGAGGGGUCUGGAGUGUGGGUGGAGCAGGUACGCGUCGGGGAGGUGGGUGGCAACACUUUGGGCUUCUACGGCUGCCAGAUGAGUCCGGAUGGGUCCAUGAUCCUCGCUCAUGCCUUCCAUGGAGCGCUCCACCUCUGGUGCAAGGACCAGCAUGAAGACGGGGAGUGGAGGCCAGGUGUCGUCAUAUCAGGUCACUUUAAUGCAGUCCAGGACCUGAGCUGGGACCCUGAGGGGGAAUUCCUCCUCAGCGUGGGCUCAGAUCAGACCACCAGACUCUUCACUGGGUGGAGGAGGCAGGACAGUAAGCAGCUCACCUGGCACGAGAUAUCGCGGCCGCAGAUCCACGGCUACGACAUGCAGUGCCUGGCCAUGGUCGGGAGGUUCCAGUUUGUGUCCGGCGCCGACGAGAAGGUCCUGCGAGUCUUCCAGGCGCCACGUAACUUUGUGGAAAACUUUGCUAACAUCUCCGGGAACCCCAAGGAGAAGCUGUUGGCAUCGAGCGACUGUGCAGGACUGCCUGAAGGAGCCAGCACACCUGCUCUGGGUUUGUCCAACAAGGCCGUCUUUCAAGGUGACCUCAUGUCCAGAGCCCAGGGAGACCAGGAGCAGUUCAGCAGCGUCUCCGACCAAUACCAGGAGUCCUACUUCCAUCCCAUCAACAUGACCGAGCCUCCACCGGAGGACCACCUGCUCCAGAACACGCUCUGGCCUGAGGUCCAGAAACUGUACGGCCACGGCUUCGAGAUGUUCUGCCUGGCGUCCGACAGCGCCAGGACGGUGGUGGCGUCGGCGUGCAAGGCGUCCAAGGCGGAACACGCGUCCGUGCUGCUGUGGAGCGCCACCACCUGGCGCCAGCUGCAGGCGCUGCCCUUCCACACCCUCACCGUCACCCAGAUGUCCUUCUCCCCGGACUCGCGGCUCCUGCUGGCUGUCUCCAGAGACCGUACCUGGUCGCUAUGGCGCCGUGAACCCCCCGCCGCAGAGUUUUCCCUGCACGCGCACACCACCAAGGACACGGCCGUGCACACCCGCAUCAUCUGGUCAUGUGACUGGACUCACGACAGUCGCUACUUUGUCACGUCCAGUCGAGACAAGAAGGUGAUAGUAUGGGGACCGUGUACCACGGACCACUCUGAAGAGUCUCCUCACAUGAAGCCGUGUUCCUCCAUCUUGGAUGUGGGCGACUCCGCCACCGCUGUCGCUUUUUGCCCUCAACGCUGCUCUCGCAACAGGUAUGUAGUGGCAGUGGGUUUGGAGAGUGGGAAGGUAGUUUUGUACGGAUGGACGCCUGAUGGACUCGCUGAUGGAGGACAGGACUGGAUCAGCCUGGGAGAAACGGACGUUUCACAAAGUCACACUAUGGCCGUCAAGAGGCUGCGAUGGAGGCCGAGAGUGGAGGACGAGGAGGCGACGUCCCGGGUCCGGCUGGCCAGCGCCGGCGCCGACCACGCCGUCAAGAUCUUCAGCAUCAAGAAAGACGCUCUCUAGCGCCACCCGGCAUCAUCAUCUAAAAGUGCAAUCAUCAUGUCACGCUCAUGACUCGCUACUUUUUUAUUUAUGAGGACAAUAAAGGACACUUUUUCUAUCUGCUAUCCUUGUCCUGUCCUCCGUUGAUCGUCUUCCCACACUCAACUUUGGCUCUGAAACUUUGCUUUAUGAGCCUCUGAGGACACAAACGUGGAGACAUUCCAGCCAUUCUGCUGACCUGAGCAGGAUGCUGAAGGCCGUUCUGCAGGAGCACAUCCACUGGCGGCUACGUGGCUAAUGUAUGAGCAGGAGAGACGCUAACUGCCGCUUGUAACUCUUCGCUAAUCGCAGCGCAGCGCCUGACCUCCUCCAGCUUUUGGGACGUUUGUGGACCGUACGUCAAAAGAGAUUUCCCGAGCAGCAGCAUAAUGCCAUUAAGAGAUGGCCGCCAUUUUUAAUACACGAGUGACCGACCUCGCAUUCCAUCAAAACGUUCAUGACCACCAGCAUGCUAAUGGGGUGGGGGCGGCACCCCCUCCAAGGCGUCCUUGGGCGCUCGUCUUGAUGAGAUGGGAUCAACGCGGUGGAGCGGCCAGGAAGGAUUAGAAGAUGUCUGAGAGGUCUUGAACGCAGCAUUUGAAUCUUUAAUAUGAAAUAAAGGAGAGUGUGCCCUGCAUGCACGCUUGGACACUUCAUUAGGCGCCCUCUUUAUUCUUCUUAUGAUGAUAUGCUG